CGUCGCUCUCAACUCAUAAUCGUCUCUUGAUUUGUUUGCGAUAUCAUAAUUCUUACAAUUAUUUCACCAUAUUCAAUAGUUUUUUGUAGCCUAAUACAAUCCAUUAGUCGCACUUUUUUUGUUUCCAAAUUUCUAUACAUAUAAUAAUCUGAUGUUCCAUUUUGUGUUGUUUCGUAACCAUUGUUUUACAUUGUUAAAAAUUAAGAAUUGUUGUGGAAAAAUACACAAUUAGCGUAAUUUAUUAAGCGUUCUCGGUACUGACCUAAUGUUAUGUUGAGGAACUUGGCGACCAACCAGAAGAAACUUGUGGCCUUUUAACAGCAGCUGGAACCAGAACGAACCUGGAGCUACACAGCAGCUGGAACCAAGACGAACCUGGAACCACACAGCAGCUGGAAGCAAGACGAACCUGGAACUACACAGCAGCUGGAACCAGGACGAACCUGGAACUACAUAGCAGCUGGAACCAGGACGAACCUGGAACUACACAGCAGCUGGAACCAGGACGAACCUGGAACUACACAGCAGCUGGAACCAGGACGAACCUGGAACUACACAGCAGCUGGAACUAAGAACAUGAACCAAGAAGCAGUUUGAAUUAAGAAGAACAUGGAACUAAGAAGAACGUGGAACUAAGAACAUGAACUAAGACGCAGUUGGAACUAAGAACCUGGAACAGAGAAACACUUGGAAUUAAGAAUUACUUAAAACUAACGCGGACCUAGAACUAAGAAACACCCAGAACAAGUAGCUAGAACUUACGACUCUUUUAGAACUACCAGUAACUAAUAAUUUUAAUUUCCUUCUAUCCUAAUUGAUUAACAAAUAGGAAAGAGUGUUGUAUUAUAGCGAGUUUCGUACACAAAUCAUAUUACGCGUCAAGCGCCUCAGAUGUUAGAUUUAGUGGCACAAAACUUCUGAAUUGUAUCCGGUAUGGCGCUGCCGUUACCCAAUGUACCGCCCACACCAGCUACACAACCCACGCCCACUGUACCUCCCUCGCCUCUGACACUGUCAGAGUCCGAGGCACUGGCUUGUCUCCAGAAGAACAUGGACAUGAUCUUCCUCAUAGUUUUUGGGAUCUUAAUAACCCUGCUGCAGUGUGGCUUCGCGUUCUUGGAGGCAGGAGCUGUCAGGUCCAAAAACACCACCAACAUUCUCAUCAAGAAUAUGCUCGAUAUCCUACUCGGAGGUCUUGCCUACUGGCUGGUGGGCUUCCCACUGGCGUUCGGUGAAGGGAACAGUUUCUGUGGCACUGUAUACUGGGCCUCCUACGGCCUGGACGACAACAUGAUGGCCUUCUGGUUCUUCCAGUUCGUUUUCGCCGCCACGGCCGCCACCAUCGUCUCCGGCUCCAUGGCAGAGAGGUGCUCUUUCAACGCUUACUUUAUCUACUCUGUUGCUCUCACAGGGUUGGUGUACCCGGUGGUGUCACACUGGGCAUGGUCUGAACGUGGUUGGCUCUACCAUCUACCCUACCAGGACUUUGCUGGCUCUGGUGUGGUUCACCUGACUGGGGGCGUGGCAGCGCUGGUAGGAGCUGUAACUCUUGGACCCAGACUUGGUCGCUUCGACACCGGCGCCUCGGAGAUACGUGGACACUCUCUGCCGCUGUCAGCUCUGGGAGGCUUCAUCCUGCUCUUCGGGUUCUUGGCAUUCAACGGAGGCUCCCAGGCUUCCAUCAGUCAGGAAGGAGAUGGCGCAGCCGUGGCCCGGGCUGUGGUCAACACUGUGCUCUCUGGGUGUUCUGGAGGCGUCGCUGUGUUGCUCAUCUACCGCUCUAGCCUCUGUGGCUCACCCUCAACCUGGUCCUUCCUCAUGACUCUUAAUGGCUCCCUCACUGGCAUGGUAUCCAUCUGUGCUGGGUGCAACGUGGUGCGUCCCUGGGGAGCCGUAGUCAUCGGCUUAGUGGCUGGAGCAGUGUUCCUGGGUAUCCACUUCCUUCUUCCCAAGCUGAGAGUUGACGACCCGCUGGAUGCUGUGGCUGUACACAUGGGAGGAGGUUUGUGGGGUCUGGUUGCUGUGGCCAUCUUUCAGAGUGAUGGUCUUAUAUACGGUGGCAGUGGAGAAGUGCUAGCCUGGAACAUAGUGGGAGCACUGGCAAUCUUGGGCUGGAGUGGUGGGCUGUGUCUCAUUUUGUUUGGUUCUCUCAGACAACUGGACAUGUUGAGGGUACCACCAGAACUGGAAACACGAGGGCUGGACAUCUUGAAGCAUGGGGAAGCAGCCUACCCAGCUGAAGCUUGGCUAGAAGAUCAGUACAAAGUCCCUAACAAGGCUGAGGAACACCUCAACGCCAAUAUAUAUCUUCCGCCCAACAUGCCUGCGCCAAGACAACCUAGACGGAGUAAGUUCCAGUACGCAGCUACAUGUUCGGGACAUGGGGCAUGCUGGACACUUUCUGACCCUAGGCAUCCACGCCUAGCACUUCCCUCGCCCUCCUACCACUUCUCAGCCAGUCCCAAAAUGAAUGAAGUGUACCCUGGUGACGAUGACCCGGCAACCCGUCUACGACACCAUUACUGGCAAGACACCAGGGGACACCAAGGAAUAUGAUUAUAAACAUAGCGAAGUGCUGAACCUGUAGGCGGUUGUGUAGUGCCUAGGAAAUAAGAAAUAAUCAAGGUUUAUCCAUGGAAGAGAAGGGUAACUUCAAAAUUUCAUGGACGAAGAGCCCUUCGCCAGUAGAAAGGCCCCUUCCCUCCUUCCUCCUGAAGGGAACGUAUGAUAAAGCCUCAACCUUCGUGUCUCUCAGCGUGUCUGCUUUUUAGUUAUUAAAAGAUAAAAGCCACAUUAGAACAAAAAACUGGAACUUAUCAGAAUCCUACUGACGCACGCUAGGCUAGUCUUACUGACACCUGACUACCACCAGUUAGGUUUCUGAUUUAACUUAUUUUUAAACCAUUAAGAAGUAUUUGUUAGUUACAAUACGUGACAGUUUGUUCUUCCUAUCUAUAGCUACAGCUAAACAAAUGCAUUUCUAUAUACUUUCUAAAUCUGAA